CGGAAGGUUGAUAAUUUGAUACUCUCGAAAAUCGUACGCUCAGAAAAUGUCCCACGUCAUUAUGAGGAUAACUACAAAAUAAUAGUAGUUCAUAAAUAAAUGGGACCCUUUUUUUCUCUUAAAAAGUGAAUAAUUAAGCAAACGGCCAUUCACCAUACCCUUUUCUGAUCGAGAAUCAGAUAAAAAUAUCUUAUUCUACAAUAUUUUCCGAUCAAAUCAGGAUCCCCGCGAAAAUGAACGACGGAGAUGUUUCCAGGCAGAUCCAGCAGAUGGUGAGAUUCAUCCGCCAAGAAGCAGAGGAGAAGGCUAACGAGAUCUCUGUUUCAGCGGAAGAGGAAUUCAACAUCGAGAAGCUCCAGUUGGUGGAGGCAGAGAAGAAGAAGAUCAGGCAAGAGUACGAGAAAAAGGAGAAGCAAGUCGAAGUUCGAAAGAAGAUUGAGUAUUCGAUGCAGCUUAAUGCAUCUAGGAUUAAGGUCCUUCAAGCUCAAGAUGAUGUGGUUAAUGAAAUGAAAGAGUCGGCAGCCAAGGAACUUCUGAACGUGAGCCGUGAUCACCAUGUGUACAGAACGCUUUUGAAAGAUGUAAUUGUUCAGAGUUUGGUCAGGCUGAAAGAGCCUGCUGUCUUACUGCGCUGUCGCAAAGAUGAUGUGCCCUUGGUGGAGUCUGUCCUGGAUUCAGCAAAAGAAGAAUAUGCUUCCAAAGUGAAUGUUCAUCCUCCAGAGAUAUUCAUUGACAAUGUCCAUCUUCCUUCUGCACCUUCUCAUCACAAUGCUCAUGGCCCUUUCUGCUCAGGAGGUGUUGUGAUAGCAUCUCGAGAUGGAAAGAUUGUGUGUGAGAACACCUUGGAUGCACGAUUGGAUGUUGCAUUCAAUAAAAAACUUCCAGAGAUCCGCAAGUGGCUCUUUGGUCAAGUUGCUGCUUGAAGGGUAGGAUUGAGUCAUCAACCACAGAGAAAGAAUAGCUUCGAAGUUGUUUGUUCAUGUAUUUCUCAUAUUAUUCGUCCCGGAUCAUUUGUUUGGUAAAAGUUAGUGAAACUUUUGUUUAGUUGGUGCCCAUAUCAUUUUGAGGAUGGUAAAGUACUCUUUUUCUGAAUCAUAAUAAAGUAUGAUAUGAGAUGUUGUAGGUUUCUGGCCAA